GGGGGGUAUCCCGGGGCAGACGGCAGGCCAGGAGAGCGAGACCAGGUGUGGGUGCCGUGGGCAGAGGGGGGAGGACCCAGCCCCAUGGGGUAGGGGGGUCUUGUUGGUGGUCCUGGAAAUGGGAGUCAUCUCUUCUUCCCGUCGUAUCCAUUCUAGACCCUGGAGGACACAGCCCAGCACGGCCCCGGGGUUCCUAGCCUGCCCUACCUCAGGAAUGUCUCGGGCUUGGUGUCCCCUGGGAUCUAGAGUCUUUGAGGGGGAGAUAACCGAGCCUGCUGACCUCUGGCCUCUGACCUUUGGCCAAGCAGCUGCUGCUGGGCACCCCUCCAGCUGCCUGAUACCUGAGGAUAGGGAGGCAGCUAAACAGCCGCCCUCUCCUUAACCCGAUCAGGCUUCCUUCCCCAGUGGGAGGACCGGUGGUCGGACCCGGGCCUUGGUGGGGGAACCUGCCAGAAAUGAAGGCUGUGGAGAGAGAUAAAAAACCCAAAAAGAGAGAGAUGACCAGCUUGCUGUGAUGCAGAGAGGUUCCUCCUUUUCUUCCCACCAUCCUAGGGCUGCAGUUGGGGUAAGGGAGUCUCACCUAAGACUGUGCUGAGCGGAAAACUUGCUCCUGCCCAUCAGAAGGUCUGCAGUCAACAUGGCAAUGCGGGAGCUGGUGGAGGCAGAGUGUGGUGGGGCUAACCCACUCAUGAAGCUGGCAGGUCAUUUUACCCAAGACAAAGCCUUGCAGCAAGAAGGGCUGCAUCCUGCCCCAUGGCCCCCAGGAACGCCAGCACCUGAAUCAGUCUCCAAACCUUUGGGAGUGGCUUCUGAAAAUGAGUUGGUGGCUGAAUUCCUUCAGGACCAAAAUGCCCCACUUGUGUCCAGGGCUCCCCAGACCUUCAAGAUGGAUGACCUGUUGGCAGAAAUGCAAGAAAUUGAACAGUCUAGCUUCCGCCAGGCUCCCCAGAGAGCCCCAGGUGUGGCUGACCUGGCACUAUCUGAGAACUGGGCCCAAGAAUUCCUGGCAGCUGGAGAUGCAGUGGACAUAGCUCAAGAUUAUAAUGAGGCUGACUGGUCUCAGGAAUUCAUAUCUGAAGUUACAGACCCCUCAUCGGUGUCCCCUGCCCGCUGGGCUGAGGAGUACUUGGAACAGUCAGAAGAGAAACUCUGGCUAGGAGAGCCUGAGGGAACAACCACCACUGACCACUGGUACAAGGAGUAUCUUCCUGAUGAAGAUCUGCAGUCCACUGCCAAUGACUUCGUGGCCAAGGUGGAUGACCCUAAACUAGCUAACUCUGAGGGCACAUCAGAUGCCUGGGUGGACCAGUUCACACGGCCAGCGAACGUGCCUGUCCUAGAUACAGAAUUUGAAAGGGCCAAAUCAGCUGUAGAGUCUGAUGUCGACUUCUGGGAUAAGCUGCAGGCAGAAUGGGAAGAGAUGGCAAAACGGGAUGCUGAGGCCCAUCCAUGGCUCUCGGACUAUGACGACCUCACUUCUUCCUCCUAUGAUAAGGGAUACCAGUUUGAAGAAGAGAACCCACUUCGGGAUCAUCCGCAGCCUUUUGCAGAGGGGCUGCUGCGGCUACAGGAGGGGGACCUGCCAAAUGCAGUACUCCUCUUUGAGGCAGCAGUGCAGCAGGAUCCUGAGCAUAUGGAAGCCUGGCAGUACCUGGGUACCACACAAGCAGAGAAUGAGCAGGAGCUGUUGGCUAUCAGUGCCCUCCGAAGAUGUCUGGAGCUAAAGCCAGAUAAUCUGACAGCACUAAUGGCCCUGGCUGUGAGCUUCACCAACGAGUCCCUGCAGCGCCAGGCCUGUGAGACCCUGCGGGACUGGCUACGAUACACACCUGCCUAUGCCCACCUGGUGGCACCUGCCGAGGAGGGAGCUGGUGGGGCAGUGCUGGGUCCGAGCAAGCGUAUCCUGGGUUCUUUGCUGUCUGACUCCUUAUUUGUGGAGGUAAAGGAGUUGUUCUUAGCAGCUGUACGGCUAGAUCCUGCCUCCAUUGACCCUGAUGUGCAGUGUGGCCUUGGGGUCCUUUUCAACCUGAGUGGGGAAUAUGACAAGGCAGUGGAUUGCUUCACGGCUGCCCUCAGCGUUCGCCCUGAUGACUAUUUGCUGUGGAAUAAACUGGGAGCCACACUAGCUAAUGGAAAUCAGAGUGAAGAAGCAGUGGCUGCCUACCGCCGGGCCCUGGAACUACAGCCUGGUUAUAUCCGUUCCCGCUAUAACUUGGGGAUAAGCUGCAUUAAUCUUGGGGCCCACCGAGAAGCUGUGGAACACUUCCUGGAGGCCUUGAACAUGCAGCAGAAAAGCCGAGGUCCCCGGGGUAAAGGAGGCGCCAUGUCAGAGAACAUCUGGAGUACCCUGCGCAUGGCCCUGUCCAUGCUGGGCCAGAGUGAUGUCUAUGGGGCUGCGGAUGCUCGGGACCUUCCUACUCUAUUGCGGACCUUUGGCCUGGCCCAGUGACAGUGGGAUGGGCUUCCCUGUGAGUGUUCUCCCUGAGGCGUCCCCGCUCCUGCCGUGACUCCCUCCCUCCCAAAGGGUCUCCCCGGGGGUGGGCUGAUAACCACAUGCGGUAUGGCUUCUCAGGAGGUGCCGGGGAAGGGAAGAAGGGAGGGGACAGGCCAUCAGGAGUCCAGUCUCCAGUUAAUUGUGGGGAACGGAGCCUGUCUUUUUCCUGGGUCCCUCUCGGCAAUUGGAGGGUCUCCUAUCAAGCUAUCUAUCUAUCUAUCUCUCUGAUCCUCGUGCCCUGCCUUCUUGGAUCCUCUGUUUGGGGAGGGCGCAACACAACAGGGCGGCCCUCUCUGCCCACAGCCCCUUAUUGUAGAACCUGCCACACCCUCAAUGAUCCUGUUCCCAUUCCCUUGUACUGGGAGUUUGUAACUCCCCCUCCACCAUCAAUCCCUGUACAUUUCUGGUCAGGGUGCGCGUGAGUGAGGUAUUUGACCUAAUGGAGGUGAGGGGUCUGUAGGGUUUUUCUGCAGCUGUGUUCCUUUGGAGCUGCCCUGGCAGUGGGUUAUGAGCAUGAGGCUGCAUGCACUAGUGUGUUCAUAAUAGGGCUGCUAAAAUAAAAGGAAAUUAAAAAACUCAGGGGUGUGUAUCAAGGGAUUAGAUACAAUGAGUGUUCUGGGUUUAGAGGAUGAAAGCAUGCUGUGGAGUGAGCCUAUAAGAUAAUUUGGGUCUAGAUAUAAAAUGAAUUAGAAUAAGGAGCACUUUAGUGGGUGUGGGAGAGGGGUAAGAAGACCAUCUGGAGGGAGCAUUUGGGUCUAGCUCUGAGGCCUCCAGGGAUUGUUAGAUUGUUAGAAGGGCUAUGAUUGGGAAUUGACUUGUCCAUUUCCCUGGGAACCUGUCCUAGAAGAAGAGUGCAUGCCAAAUUCCUAGAAGUGUGGGUGUGGCAAUGCAAAUCUCUUUCUAUAUUCCCAUUUUCUCACUUCACUGGCUGCUUCUGGGAGUGGGGCGAAGAGCAACUCUACUUCCUCUUCCCCAUCCCUGCCACUUUUUUUAUAAGGUAAAGUCAGGAAGGCUCAGGCUAACCUCUAAUACCUGUACUGCCCCUUGAGUAGGGAGAAAACCCCUUCUCCCUGAAAUGAAGGUUAAAACCUUGUCAGUACUUAAUGAUCAGAAAAAAGAAAUUUUAAUUUUCUUUGUUUUUUAAACCAUCUUGCUCCCUAGGUUCUAUCCUAGAGUUUUAUUUUUCUUUAUAUAAAUAUGUGUAUAUGAUUUUGUCAAAAAAUGGUUUUUAAAUAAAAUUGUAAAAUAUUUGUAUGAAGAAUAAAUGUAACUAAUGCAA